UUUUCUUUUAUUUCCUGCUAUAGGAAAAAUCAUUUCAUUUGAACUGAUGCAGAAGUGAUGUGAUGUCAUAUCACAAUUACAUGUAGAACUUGAUGUGUAUGUAUAAUAUAUAUGAUUCAUGUGAAUAUGUAUAUGUUGUCUCUUGUUACGUCGCCUGAUGUUACUGUAAACUGCAGUGAUGAAAUAAGAUCCAGCAACACUGCUAUUGUACUGCUGCGCGACAUCUGACUGGGUGACUCAUGCGCUCUUACGAAGUGUGUUUGUCAUUCUGUUGCGUUUUUUCCCUAGAAACCGCGUUGAUCGGAUGACGGGCGGGGCGCAAACCCCAGCUCUGUGGUUGUAAAGUUCGCAGUUCAAACGGCUGAGUUUGAGGAGAACAGCUCUGAAGUUUACUGGCUUUGAUUGUCAUUUGAACGUCUAUGGCAAAUCAUUCUUGCUAUGACACUGACUACGUACAGUAUGGACAACCCAUCACAUCUGGUGUGAUGUUCUCGUCCGGUGUCCUGGGCAAUAUCGUGGCGCUGGUCCUGCUGGAGUUGCGGCGCAAGCGGACCAGUCCGUCCCUGUACCGGAGUCUGGUAACUGCGCUCCUCAUGACAGACCUGUUUGGUUCCAUCUCUGUGAGUCCUAUUGUGCUGACCUCUUAUGCUCGGAAUACAUCUCUAGUCGGAAUGAAUUCAGACAGGGUGCUGUGCUCCUAUUUUGGCUUCAGCAUGACCUUCCUGAGCCUCUCCACGCUGGCGAUCCUGUGCGCACUUGCGCUCGAGCGCUACAUCUCCAUAGGCCACCCUUACUUUUACGAGAGGCAUCUGAGCAAACGCUUUGGUUACAUCACUAUUCCUCUUAUUUACCUGAGCAGCAUCCUGUUCUGCGUCGUUCCUUUUUUCGGUUUCGGUAAGUACGUGCAGUACUGCCCGGGGACAUGGUGCUUUCUGAAGAUGAGCGACGAUGAAGGGGAGGCUAUAGUUUACAUCGUAUUGUACGCAUCUUUCAUUCUCAUCAUGAUGUCCAGUACGGUGGCGUGCAACGUAUCAGUCAUUAUCCACUUGGUGAGGAUGCACAGGAAGCGCAAAGGACGCAGUCGUGCAGUGUCGGCGCACACCAGGUACCAAAGGUCUCUGUCCAUGGCGGAGGAAGUGGAGCAUCUCCUGCCGCUGGCGAUCAUCACUGUGGUCUACAUUUGCUGCACCUUUCCAUUAGUGCUCCGAGUAUACAUAAACCUCUCAGGCAAAGGUGACAAGCAGUUUAGAGCUGACCUUAGGGCUCUCCGUUUACUGUCUUGCCACACCAUCCUCAAUCCCUGGGUCUUCAUCUUUCUCCGCCCCACCAUUCUGAGAGUCAUCUGGAGGAAGUUGCGCAAACCGCACAAGUCAGCAUGCAUCUGGGGGAAGAGUUCUCAGUCCAAGCUGACUGAGGGAACGUCCUGCUGUGCAGCUCCGGAGGCAGGGAAAGGAGGAUGACUGGGGACAGGAAUACAGAUACACAGGCCCACUCAGACUCACGGUGGUCUCUGUCUGUGUGUGGACUGAAGAAAGGCUGCAAACUAAACAGAGCUGAUCUUAUCACAUCUCAAAUGGCAUGAUUUUAAUAACAGGACGUGCACUGGAGUGGUGAGUCACGUGAAACUGAUGGUUGCUUUCCAGGAAGUAGGCUUGUGGUGAAACAUGUGACUUGAAUUAUGAGAGUGGGCCUAGCUGUUCAGCUGUUAUCUGAACAAUGUGUGUUCACUGAGAUGUAGGUGAGAUGCAGCAGUCAGUGGAUAAUUUCACAGAGGUUUCAUUGUGAAACUAAGUCAUUUAUCUUACAUUAAGAUCAUCUGUUUCAGGAAAUCAAUCUAUAUGAAAUACAACACAGUGUCAGGAAAUUAACUUGGCAGAUGUAAGAAGAGUGAAGCAUGAUGAACCUGCUCACAGCAUGUGAGCCAUGAGAGUUUCCGCUCCUCACUCACAGAGCUACGUUCCCUCCACUUCCCCCCUCAAAGUCACACCGCUCAAAUUGCUUUACUAUUCAUUUUUGACAGAAAAUAGUGUCUUCGCAACACACAAGUCCAUUCUGGGUUGGACAUGCUUGAAAGUUGUGGUGUGAGCAGUGUUGGAGAGUAAUCUCGGGGGUUAUGACGAUGCCUCAACAUUUAGAAAAAUCCACUCUAUAUGCCAUUCAGCCUUCCGUUCUGCUCAUAUACUUACGUUAUAUUAUAUAUCGUUACAGCGAUAUACCAUUUUCAAGGUAUACCCUGAUGGAAUAGUCAAUCAACAACAUUUGGGACACAUAGCCCAAAAGAAAGGUUCAGUAAGAAGCAGAGAGAACAAAAAUUAAUUAGCCAAUCUAUUAACAGUAAUCUUAUUUUUGAUAUUUCUUCACCGUGCCACAAGCUUUGAUUUUAAUGCUAAGUGAAUACAACACACACAUGCACAAGGAGGCAGAGGAAACAGUGACAACAUUCUGAGUUUUACUAACAGCAUUUAUAUUCCUAAAAUCUGUGGAAAAUCUGAGGGCGCCAUAUGGGCCUGCUUAUUACUCUAUUGACCCGUUAGUAAUUAACUUCCCUAUUUAGCAUUUAUAAGCAGUAUAAAACCACUUCAUACACUGUUUCUUACACUCUAAUGUUCAUGGUGUCACAAGGAGAUACUACAUUUUAAGUGUUUACUAAUGUAUUUAUCAACAAUUAUAACUUCUACAAAGCAAAAAUGCAACUGUGUAGAAACAUAUUUUAUGAUUGCACAAAUUCAUUAACUGUUAUUGUUAACUAUGUUUAAUUAUACACAUUAAAAUCAUUGAAAGGAAGGUCGUAGAAAACAAACAACUGUGUGAUAAACCUUAAAAUAUUAAAAUAUAUCUAAUAUAUAUAAUGUUGUUGUUUGGGUCAUAAUGACAUUGUACAUUGUUAAAACACACACACACACACACACGCACACACACACACACACUAUGAGAAAGAUGGACGAAAUUAAAGAGGGUUAAUAAAUUAUUCUGUUUCUGAGUUGAACAAUGAAGGUGUGAAAGAUAAACAGAUUAAGUUAAAUUUGAUGAACUGCGAGUAAAGAAAAGUGUAAAGCUUCCUGUUAAUACUCCAUUUAAAGUAAACCCAAAAACAUUUCAUAGUUCUGAUUUUUCAAUAACCUUUGACAACAUUUUAUCUUUGUAAUAGUAAAGGUGUACUCAGUUAAGACAGCUUGUUCUCGUUCCAAAGCUAUCAAAUAUCACCGCUUUGUUAGUGGUUUUGUUGUCAGACACCUGAUGCCAAAAGCCACAUUUUGGGAUGUCAGUACACAAUGACCUUAAUAGCCUAAGAUUUAAAUGCUGCCAGUAACGGUGUAAUACAAGGAGCUGGAAAGUCCAUAUAUGGGGGAUGGGAGAGGUGGUGGAUGGAUCUAACAAACCCCAAACACCUGGGAGCCUGGUGUAUGCAUGUAUAUGAAUGCAGAGCCAAACCAUGGUGUUUUUUCCUAAGCUUAACCGUUCGCUUUUGUCACUGGCAUUGUUUAGGGCAACCCAGUGGGUCAACAGCAGACACAGGAGGAUACCUAGCGUGUAAUAUGUAGACGUCAAAGUCUACUGACAAAGCGGCAAUAUGUGACGACUUGGGAUGAGAACGUGUUGGUUAAGACUACUUGAUUGUUGAGCAGUUGGCUCAAUAUCCAAUCACACUCAGCAUGUCAAUAUUGACACACAUUUUUCUCUGGUUUUUGUGUUUGUUUUGUGUGAAUUACAGAACAUCUGACAAAAUCAAAUCUGCUAGGAAAGUGGAGGGAAUGCAUACAAUUAAAUAGUUUUUUCAAAAAGCAGUUUAGUAUUAGCCGAUAUUUAGAAUGCACAAAGUGGUGAUAGAUAAAAAUUAAGAUCACAGUACUGAAUGUGACCUUUAGUUAUGAUCCUCAGAUACUUAUCUCCAAAUAUAUCACCCUUGUUCUCACAAUGACACAAACAGGAUAUGACCAAUUAGUACCCAUGACAUAGUCUUUCACAGAAAAAUGGACCACUUCCUGUGUAAUUGCACGCAUUCACUCAAAAUAUUCAGUGACUUAAAUUAAUCUGCUGACUUACAACUGGUAGAGUUUAUCAUCAUUAAAUGUUUUUUUGGACAUUCACUGGAGAAUAAAUUUAAGUAGGUUUGGGUAUUGUUAAAAAAAAUUACAAUACCAUGAAACUUGAUCCAUGGAGGUUUUGUUUUUGUAAUACUUUUAUCAAGCCAGGAAAAGUGACUUAAAUAUCUGUGAUGUCACCACAAUGUAAAGUCUUUCCCAUUCCCAGGUCAUCAAAUACCGAUGCUCACGCACCUUGGCAUGUGAAAUCAAGCCAAAGGCAGCCUUUAGUGUCUUUAUGGACCUGCAUUUGUAUAGCGCCUUUCUAGUUAUCCAGUGACCACUCAAAGUGCUUUUUACACAUUCACCCAUUCACACACACAUUCAUACACUGGUGGCCGAGGCUACCAUACAAGGUGCCACCUGCUACACUCAUACACCGAUGGAACUGCCAUCCAGUUUGGGGUUCAGUAUCUUGCUCAAGGAUACUUCAACAUGCAGCCUGGAGGAGCCCGGGAUCAAACUGCCUAUCUUUCGAUUGGUGGAUGACCCGCUCUACCUCUGAGUCACAGCUGCCCAUGAGACACAUAGGCUUUAAAAUGACUCUAAUGUAAUCCCAUAUGAGGCAAUAUUUGAUGCUGAGAGCAGCUGAUGUGGUAUAAAGAGCAAGAAAGUCUGCAUAGGGUGGAAGGGAGGGGAGGUGGACCAAACAAAACAAGACAUUCAGCCAGGACAACACAGUUCGUGUCCCAUGUAAAACCAAAAGCUGACAUUGUUUAAGGUGAUGUUACAUAACUUAUGUACCUCCAUCCCAUGUCAAAUCAAAAGUCAGUGUUGUUUUCAGAUAAUACAAUACAAUACAAAUUUAUUAAUAUAGCAUAUUUAAAAACAACAGCGUUGACCAAAGUGCUGUACAAAAAAUAAGCAUGACAAAAAUACAAAACACGAAAAGUUUGUUAACACGAAUUAAGAACACAAAAUUCAGACCACAAAGCAUCCCGCUAUCACACAGAGACUGAGAAGGCCAGAGAAAACAAAUGGGCUUUUAAACGAGACUUAAAAACAGGCAGGGUAGGGGAAGUCUAAUCUGGAGGGGCAGCUCGUUCUAAAGUUUGGGGGCGACAACGGCAAAGGCUCUGUCACCCCUCUGCUUUAGCCGUGUUUUCCGGACAGCCAGGAGCGAUCUGUCAGCAGACCUCAAUGGUUGAGAGGAAACACGGGUGCAGGAGGUAGAGCUUAGAUUCUCUGCCCGAGCCCGAGCCUGGCCCGACCCGGCCAGCAGGCCCAAGCUGGGUUGGGCCGGAAAAUAAAGAAAAUGCUCCAAUGACACUUCAUGAGGCCGUCACAAGUUGCUAGUUAACCUAGGAAUGAGAACAGGUUGGCCAAGCGAGAACUCUCAGCAGGGCCAGAAGGAGAGACACUACAAUGUAUAUUCAGUGGGCUGCACACCCUUGAAGUAAACCCUGAAGGCGGGAAGUUUUCAGCUUAUAUUCCUGGCAAGUAUUUCUCACUGGACUGAAUAGGUGCCAUGUUAUGGUCCAGUAUCGAGAUCCAAUUAUAUCUGUCCUGAAUUUUUAUUUUUAGGUUGUGACCGUUAACCACAUAAUAUAUUUUUAUUGUCUAAUUGUAUAUUGAAGGAAUAGCAGUCUACUUACAUAUAAAUGACUUACAUAUAAAUGUAUUUAUUAUUGUACUUCUAACUUUUCACUGCUUUUGUGAUCUAAAAUGAAUCCUUACAUGUGCUGUGCUUAUUUAUUUUUAAAUCAUUUAUAUCAAUCCUAUGACUGUCCUGGUAUAGGCAACUGAUCUCUACUUUCUAUUUUUCUACUUCUAGUCACGUAUUUCUAUAUUUAUGUUUAGCAGAGAGCUGUUUUAAGCUGUUAAAGCUGUAUGUUAAUUCUAUAUGGAUUAUGUUGUGCAUCCACUGAUAAUGCUCUUCUUUGAAGCCUUGAAGAAAAUCUGCUGUUGCUGACAUGUCAGUUUAUGAAAUAA